AUCGCAAUAAUGCGUUGCGUUUUCUGAGUUGUUUUUAAAACCUCUGAAUUAAUAGGACUGAUUGUACAUGGUAGUUUCACUUUUUCAAUCUUUUAAAUUUUUACAGUCGAUAACAAUUUUCACAUUCGGCUUCAUAUUAAUUUAGUUACCAUAGCAACAAACAUGCAUUGUUAAUUCGGAUUAUGCGAGCUAUUUUUCUUAAAAUCAUUUUCUAAUGGCUGUAGAUUUAAGAUCAAGUGAGCUAGAAAACACGUUUAUUAAAGAAAGAAUUAGCAAUGUUGAAAAGCAUACCAACAGUAUUUGCUCAAAGUUCUCUAUCUACAAUAAAAAAUUAGCAUCACUUAAAGAUAGUGGGGAUGAUUUAGCUAAAAGUCUUCAAAACUUUAUCUCAAAAGAGACCCUCAAUCAAAGCUUCAAGUUUGCUAUUCAUGAGUUAUCUGACACCAUUGCUUCACUUCAAAAUGAUAGAGAAGCUCAGAUUCAAUAUAUUGAAGCUAAUGCUAUACAAGAACUUAAAAGUUAUGGUCCUAUUUGCAAAAGGACAAAAGAUGAAUUCAAAAAGAGUUAUGAAGCAAAGCUACUUGAUAUCAAAAAACAAAAUCAGCUCCAAAAAUUGCAAGCCAAAGACCCACCGGAUUUACAAAAGAUUACCCAUGCUGAAAAGGAAGCAAAUCUUGCUAGAGAAGAAGCUAUACAUGCAGCCCUUGAAAUGUCACAAAGACUAAAAUCUCUUGAGAGAAAAAAGCUAGAAAACAUUAAGCAUGUUCUGCUCAAUUUUAUAAAAAUUGAAAUGAUGUUUUGCGUGAAAGCUAUUGAAAUGUAUACUACAGCUUAUAAUACUAUGAAAAACAUAAAAGUGGAUGAAGACCUUAAUGAAUUCAUGUCCCAUUACAAAGCUUUGACUGCAACUUUGGAUGAUCAGUGCCUUUCCUCGUGUGAUACAAAAAUGCAGACAGAGAGCAACAAGAUAGAAAAUUCAAGAAUGCAUUCACUACUUAAUGAAAAUCAAAGACCUAGUCAAGCCUUAAGUUUAUCAAAAACUGACCUGCUGAAAUUAAAUGGCUCGAAUUCUAGCCUCACAAGUACAGCUGGAUCAAAUUUUGAUUUUGACCAUGGGCUCAGAGUUGCAGAAGCUGAUGUUCUGGUUAGAUGGUCAACCUUAUGUGGGAAUCCCCAGUGUUUAGUCUUUAAAUUUUUAUCAACCCACUGAAAACAUGAAAGUCUUGAGUGAACUUUGGUAAGCCUAAGGAUAGAACCCUAGGCCUGUUGAAUAAGGUCACAAAUAUUUACAAAAAUCAUGUAAAUUUGAUGAAAUGAGUUGGGAAAAAUAAAAAAAAAAUUUAUUUCUGAA